AAUAUGGAGCUGGAAGAAGAUUUAUUGUCGAAAACGAACGAAGCACUAUUUUUCUGUGAUCUUCCUGGGAAUUUUCUUGAGAAUCUUUUAGGUUUAGAAGCAACGUGCUGGAAAGACGAAGCUGUCGAUCUCCUUCAUCCGUCUUGUUGCAGGGAGCUGAUUUUUACAGUCCCUGAUAUAUUGGUUUCGCCUCGCCAUGCAUCGUCUGACAAGCUAUACAUAAUCGUCAAGCGCGAGACGUUGCACGAUGAAGUGUUUCUUCACGCAAUGCAAAGACUGAAAAUCAAGAUAGAGCAGCGAUUUGAAGUGCACAGAGAACUAUUUCAGUACUGCCUCAAUUUUACGCUGAUACACAGAGUUGCGCCACUAUGGAACAGAUUGGGAGGAUUUCUUGUUCAUGGUAAAAAGUUCUUCCAGGAGACUGGUAGAUUGGAUGCUAUCCGUUUUUCCAUCGCAGUUACAAGCCAGAUAUGUUUAUCUUUGCGAGCAUUUCAAGUCAAGCUUCCAGCAUGCGAGGUGAGAGAUUUCUGCAGCCGUAUUUCAGUACUAGAGAGAUUUGCAGCGCGGUCUGACAUGGUUAUUGAUGGUAGCAUACUUGAAAACAAUUCAUGCAUUCUUCUUCCGAGUACAAAACGUGGUUGGCUUGCAUCAAUAACGAAGAAUAUUCCAAAUUCAUCUCCAUUUGAAGACUAUUGCGAUUUGCGCCAACAUUGGAAGCUGAUGUAUGGCAUACAUUUGCCAGCAGAAGGAUGCAGUGAAUUUUACAACGUAGCUUCUUUUAGCGGUAAGAUAUACACAUACCCAUCUUACUGUAUUAGGAGCUGCGAACCAGUGAUUUUCUCUCGAUGUAACAAUGAAGAUAUUAUGCAAUCUUUUAUGCGAGACUUUGUGCAGCGUAUGCCAUCAUUCUGUGGUAUACAGGCAAGAUUUAGUAGCAGUACACUUUUUCCAGUGGUUGCUCUUUGUGAGGCCAAGAAAAGCAAACACUUUUUAAGUACCAAAGCAAAGCUCAAACAGUUUAAUCGUUUGGAUCUUCCUGGAUACAACAAUACAAGCACUACAAAAACAAAUAUUGAUGCUAUUAAUCGACAAGAAUCUGAUCCUCGAGCUCCAAAGAGAGUCACGGAGUCUAAAGGAGACAGAAUUGUUCCGUGUUUUGGAAAUAUUUCACGGGUCGGUGUUGAAUCGAAGGAGAAAGAACAUGUAAAGGUUCAUGAUCAAAGAAGAGACAUUAAAUUAAGCGAAGAGAUUAAAGAAAAACAUGUAGUUCGCAAGAUGUGUGGGAUAACUCAUCGAGUUGAUUCUGUGCAGAAAAAUACUGCGGCCCAAAGAAAGAAUGGUGAAUUAGCAGCAAGUUUUGUCAGCAUUAAAGAUAAACUGGCCUACUGUCUCGAUAGAGAGAAGUGGAAAAGUAGCAAUCAGGAUCUUGCUUGUAGGAAGGUGCAUCAGACUGGCAAGGGUCUUUUAAGUAAAUACAGUACCUCUUCUAAGCAAAUUUUGAUAUCUGAUAAAAGUUUUGAUAGUUUGCAACAACGAAAGAGAAAGCUUUCUGAAAAUUCAACCCAAAGAGAGCAUUCCAUGGCACUUACAAAAUUCCCUGCGGUUCAACGAUGUCAUCACAAGAUAUCUGAGAAAAUUAUUCCAUCAACUAUCAAUGCUGCCCCUCAAACAGACAGAAGAAUGUUGGCCAUAAAAUUAGCACAUGAAGUUCUUUUGCAAGCUAAAUAUUCCGAUGAUACCGUAAUGGUGUCCUCCUGUGGCAAUGAAGAGUCUUCGGUUGAAGAAGAGGCUGCUCCGAUAAUGAGUCGAAAUCUCAUCGCUGAAAAAGAUCUUGCCAGUAAAGUAAAGAGCCCAAACACCCCAAAACAACAGUCGAAUUCAAGAAAAUCAAAGGAAAUCAAUGGCCUUAUGCAUUUGAACGAUCUGAAGAAAGCGAAUGUGACGACGCUGCGUUUGUGGUUGAGAGAGAAAAACAUCAAAGUGAAGGCGAAUUCUAAGAAAGAAGAAUUGAUAACACAGGUUCAAGAGUUGCUAAAAAUUUGUCAGGGUGAAGAAUAAGCUUUUUUGGUUCAACACUCUUCUUCUUCUUCUUCUUGCCAGCUUCUUGCCAAGUGCAGAGAAUUUAUUUAUUGCUUCCCAUUCUUUUCAUAAAAGAUCUUUCUCUUUAAUGUCCAUAUUUAUAUUCAAAACUAUAUUCAAUCUAUAGAUAGUGUUAUAGAGUUUUGACAACGUUAUUUGUGUAUGUCUGCCCGACAAAACCUUUUUAAUAGAAUUGAAUGUUGUGUUAUUGAGGUAGGCCUUGAAAAUUCAUUAAAUCCAAUACGGCCAGCACUCAAUAAAUUGUAGUUGCAUUGUAAUAAACAUGUUUAUUGACAUGGCAAAUCACAUUUACUUAAUUUGUUAGUCGAAUGAAUUAUUGAAGCAAACAUGAGAUCAUGCAUUGUAAGAUUUGUAAAUUAACAUUGAGUUGAUUUCUCAGUUAAGCAUGUUAUAUAGUCUUCCAGAUGAAUUCUACAUGUUUGCUAUAAAUUUUCCAUAACAUGUGAGCCAAAAAUUAUGACGUAAUGUAAACCCCGUACAGAAACAGAGUCGGGUUGCUUUAGACGACAAAGAGUAAGCAGAAAUUGACAACAAUUAACAGGUAUUUUUGCUAAAAAGUUACAGAGGAGGAGCCUUUGAUGCCUCCAAAUUGCGUAAAAAUGGAUUUGAACCACCGAUCGUCACGUUAAAGAUCAUUUCAUCUUUGAGGAAGGUGGCAGCUCAGAAAUAUUCUGCUUAAGUAUAGCUCUAGAUUUGACUUAUUUUUGGAUGUCAGGUGAAAAACUUUUUUGGGUGAGGAUUAUGAGAUUGUCGCUUUUGUGUUAAUACUCUUUAGCUUAAAAGUUAGCAAAAAACGUUAGGACAUCUUAAUACGAAUUUUAAAAGAAUAUUGCCAUAUAUCAGCACAAUAAAUUUUCUGAAGCUCGAGAUUUAUUCAAAUACGAGAAUUGGCUUUAAGAAAUGAUCAACUAUGUUCCGAGCUGAGACUUUAUUGAGCAAUAUUUAUAAUGAAAUAGUCUUCGUUAUAUAUUGACCUUCAGUUUAAACUAAUAAAAAUAUAUUAUUGGGAACAGUGGCAUAAGUUAGAAUCACUUGCAAAAUAUUGAUUUGGAUAACAAAAGCUGAAAUUGCACAAUUUUCUCACCAAUAUACUGUUUACAAGAUCUCAAUGUAAUGAAAUGAGUUAUUGGCAGAGUUUUAAGACAAUCUACGUCAUCAAGCAUUUUCAAGUUCCAAAUAACAUGUUUUAUUUUGAAAAAAAACAAUACGAGUCAGCAGUUUUGUUUUGGUAUGUUUAACCGCAAAUUGACUUUUUUUCAUUGUUAAGAUCUCGAUGACUGCCAAAAAAUUAUUAUUUUACCAGAACAUAGUUCCAGAUGUAUUUGGAUCGACCAACUAUGUUGUUAGUGGUCAGGUGUUAGUAGAAAAGAGAUAAACGCGGUAGGCACUGUGGGAAGUAUUUUUCGCUUCUCCUCCGCAUCUACAAACGUGAUAGAUGUGAGAAGCUGAGCUAUAACUGCACUGUCAUUCGGAUCAUAACAAAUUUUUGAUAACUCAUUGGUUACAUAUGUCCUGUACUUAAGGGUACUACUUUUGAACCUCCAAGCUUUCUAUGAUUUAAGAACCUAUGCACCCUAAAAUACCCCAAAACAAUAUUCCAGUUUCUACCAGCUACCAACAUCCCCCCCCCACUAUCAAACCAACGCAAUAGUUGUGAAAAGUGUGAAAGCGGACAAUAACAGAGUAUUGAUGGGUACAAUGCCUGUGAAAAGUGAAAAUUUCGGAACAAAACCAUGUGACAUGCACAUGAUAAACAUCGUUUCAUUCGAUUUAAACAUUGCUUCGCUAGGUGGAUUUAAAUUUUUAACAAAAUAUGUGAUAAAGGUAAUAUUUUGAUGCAAUUCCUUUCAUAAAAGCAAAUCUUGAUAAAAUAACAGUUAACUAAGCCUUUUAAAAGUGAUCAAUUCUGUCAUUCUAUUUAUCUGUCAUCGGAAAAGUUUUAAAGUUGUGAAUACCUUGUGAGUUACUUAAAAUAUCUUUUGAGACAAUUUUCCGUUUGGAGCGAAAUCACUUGAUAAUUUUUAGAUUCCUGAUGAACAUUUUCUGGAUAAUUUAUUUAAUUUUUCAAUCAGAUGAAAAAAGAAUAUUUUAAGCAAGUAGUCCUUGAUGUACAUAUUUGAACAAAACGGAUUUAUCUUUGAUGUUUUGCAAACAGUACUAGCGAAUCAUUCAUUGCAGCAGAUGUUUUCAAGAUGUUUUCUAUUCAACAGCUGUUUACAGUUUGAAAAUUAGCACUUGCCUGUCAGACCUCGGCUUUGUGUAUGUCUUUUAUAUCCUCACGAUUCUAGCCCAAAGGUCCGGAAAAUCUAAGCAGAUUCACUUCCAAAUAAUUGAAGUAAGCAAAUUUAAUCAAAGGAGAGAAUGCUUGCAUUGAGAUGUGAAUUUGUUCUUUCUUCAUGAGUGAUUGUUCCUUAUUUCUUAACAUUGUCUUUUCAUGCCUUAUGGAAUCAUAUUUCUAUUUUCAGGGUAGAAAAAGCAAUUAUAAGAAUAAUAUUAUUAUUGUUUUAUCAAUGAACUUAGUCUAUCAUUUGCUUUCAUUAUCAUAAAUUUUCUUCCUUUAAUUAUUUCUUUAUAAAAAACAAAAGGAAAGAAUAAGCGAAUAAAUGUCAAUAAUAGGUUUCUUGAAUAAAAUUUUCUAGAUAUAGAAACCAAGAGAACAAAUUAUUUGGGGAAAGAUAAUCAACUAAUCAAGGAUUCUUUACAAAAAUCCAUUGUAAAUUUUUCUCUGUUUGGAAAAAUCUUGCAAUUUUGCAAAGGUAUCAGAACAUUUUUUUGUCAGAUUUGAACCUUGUCUAAUAGAAGACGAUCGAAUCGAAUUUCCAAAUUUGUCUACGUGCAUUUCUUCUAGUCUGUAUUUAUCUUGUAUCUUUUACCUAAAUUUGCCAGAAGCAUUUUCUAAAACAUCUUGCUUGUUGCAACAGUAUCCAUAUGAGGCGCAAUCUAUA